UGGGCUUCCCUGGUGGCGCAGUGGUUGGGAGUCCGCCUGCCGAUUCUUUUCUCUUGUCUGCCAUCCUAUGUGCAGUUGGAUUUGCUCCUUGCCAUGUCUUCUCACAAGACUUUCAGGAUCAAGCGAUUCCUGGCCAAGAAACAAAAGCAGAAUCGUCCCAUUCCCCAGUGGAUUCAAAUGAAAACUGGUAAUAAAAUCAGGUACAACUCUAAGAGAAGACAUUGGAGAAGAACCAAGCUUGGUCUGUAAGGAGCCUCACAUAUGAAGUGG